AUGCCCCGACCAGUCGACUCGCCCGCGCCCUCGCCCCUGUGCGAGCGCAUCCAGCAGUUCCGCGAGCGCAUGCGCAGUCGCUGCCUCGCCGCAGCUUCGGGCUCGGACGCGACAGAAAACAGCGCCAUCCCGUGUCUGCUGCAGUCGUGGCGCAAGCGCAUCGAGGCCAUGGACGACGAGCCGCAGCAGCAGCAACAGGCCCACAGACACCACCGAGGCCACCGCCACUUCGGCCAGCACCACCGGAGACCGUGCCACGCAGCAGCAGAGUCGAGCGCCUCGGAGCGCGACGCGUCGUCGUCGUCGUCGUCACCUUCGUCGCCGCCUCCGACGUGCGGCGGGUUCCCGUUCCGAGGUGGCCCGCGCAUGCUGCACCCGCGGCUGGAGCGGCAGCAGGCCGUGUGCUCGCUCUCGGGCAUCUGGAGCGGCUUCGCGUCGUCGUCGUUGUCACCGCCACCGCCGCCCGAGAUCUACGCCAAGCCGAGACAUCGCCGACACCCGUACGCGCGGUGUUUCGGUCGUACGAGCCAGGACUCAGAUGCUGAUGACCACAGGAAGUCGUCGGAGGAGGAGUAG